AUGGUCGAUCAAACCAUUGAAGCAUUUAUAAAAGAAAAUUCAUUAAAUAAUUUACCUGUAGUUGUUUGUGGAGAUUUGAAUACUCCACUUGAAAACUGCGUUGUUAAUCAAUACUUGAAAAACAAACAUUACAUGUCCACUUUUAAUUUGGUCAAUCCACAACAAAAACAUUUUGUUUCACAUUGCAAUCAUUUGGAUCAAGAAGUUGGAGUCGAUUUCAUUUUCCUCAAAGACUCUCAAUAUUUGGCACCUCCCAUUCAAGAUUCACAAUCCAUCUUGGGAAUUACUGCUCCUCAUCUUUAUCCAAUCGAUUCUUAUUUCUUUCCAAGAGAUUUAAAGGUUGAUAAAUGGCAAUCGAUGGAUGUACCUUUAUCCGAUCAUAGACCACUAACAACCACUUUUACUUUUUUAAACAAGAAUAAUAUUAAUAACUAA